AUGCGCAAGAGUCUCCGAUCUAUCGCGUCGUGCGCCUCGCGCGUCGUCGCGCGCGCGACGCCGCGCGCGUCGUCGACGAAUGCGUCGCCUCGAACGUUGCCGAGGUUAACGACUCGCGCGAGUGCCGCGGCGCCGCGGAUCGCGCUCGACGCGCGUUUCUGCGCGCGUGGAUUCGCGAGCGAUGCGUCUGCGCCGGUGAGCGCGCGCACGCUGAGCGAAGCGCUGCUGGAGGAGCGCGCGCACGAGAGCGCGGCGUACGAGCCGAGCGCGGCGGCGGCGAGCGGACCGCCGGAACCGUUCGAGUUACACGAGACGGAUGGUGACGCCGAGGUGACGUUGACGAAGACGUACGGUGACGACGAGGAAAUCGCGGUGACGUUUGUGGCGCAAGAAGAGCCGUACGACGAUGAUAUGCUCGAUGAGGAUGAUUUCGACGAGGAGGAGGACGGGUUGGAUGAGGAAUUGGAACUCGAAGAAGAUGAGAGUAUCGCGAUCGACUUUAACGUGGUCGUCAGUAAGACGGAUGGGAGCGCACACCUCGAUUUCGACUGCGUGACGGAUGGAGAAAUCAUCGAGAUCAGGCACGUGUCUUACGAACAGUACGACGAGAACAAUCCAAUUUUAGGCACGGCGUACUCGGGGCCAAACUUUGAAGACUUGGAAGAAACCGUGCAGGACAAGUUCCACGACUACUUGGAAGUCAGAGGCAUCAACUCCGAUCUCGCGUCGUACAUAGUCGAGGCUCAUCUCGAUAAAGAGCAAAGAGAGUACACGAAUUGGCUCGGAAACGUCUCCAAGUUUGUCGCGGACAAGAAGGAAACAAAAUAAAAUAAGCGAGAGCGGAAUUUAGCUACUAAACUUGUGUAUGUUACUGCAAAAUACCUUUUCA